AGUUAAUAAAUAUCUUUCAGGUGAACCUGUUGAAAAGACGGGAGCUGGUAUUUCUGCAGACACACAGCCACCAUGGAGCUGCGUCUCUCCGUCUGCGUCCUGCUGCUGCUUUGUGCAACCAGAAGCUCAAAUGGAGGGAAGAUUUUGGUGUGGUACACUGAGGCCAGCCACUGGAUCAACAUGAAGCCGGUACUGGAAACACUGGUGGACAGAGGACACCAGGUGACGGUCCUGAUCCCGAGUGCGUCGAUGUUCAUGAACAGCAGCGAACCGUCUCGCUUCCAGUACGAACCUUUUAAUGUUUCCGUUCCAUUAGAGGAUAUGGAGGAUCUUUUGGAGGAGUUUAAUCAGUUCUCUAUGUACGAGAUAGAUCACAUGAACUACUUCCAGAUUUAUAUCAAAUAUAUGGAUAUUAUGAGAACUGACCUACAGAAUAGUCUCAAGAUGCUAGACGGUGUGGUGAAAUCAGAAACCCUGAUGAAGAAACUGAAGAAGGAAAACUAUGACCUGCUCUUUGCUGAUCCCCUCCUGCCUGGCAGUGACCUGACAGCAGACAUGUUGGGAAUCCCUCUGGUCUUUUCUUUACGUUUUUCCUUGGCUCAUAACUGGGAGAGGAUGUGUGGUCAGCUUCCUGCUCCUCCAUCCUUCGUCCCUGGAGUUAUGAGCAAACUCACGGACAAGAUGGAUUUCUCAGAGAGACUGUGGAACGUCCUCUUCUACGCCCUGCAGGACGUCGUGAUCGACCAUGUUAUGUGGAAUAUGUUCGAUAAAUACUACUCAGAAGCUUCGGACGCCAGCCACUGGAUCAACAUGAAGCCGGUACUGGAAACACUGGUGGACAGAGGACACCAGGUGACGGUCCUGAUCCCGAGUGCGUCGAUGUUCAUGAACAGCAGCGAACCGUCUCGCUUCCAGUACGAACCUUUUAAUGUUUCCGUUCCAUUAGAGGAUAUGGAGGAUCUUUUGGAGGAGUUUAAUCAGUUCUCUAUGUACGAGAUAGAUCACAUGAACUACUUCCAGAUUUAUAUCAAAUAUAUGAAUAUUAUGAGAACUGACCUACAGAAUAGUCUCAAGAUGCUAGACGGUGUGGUGAAAUCAGAAACCCUGAUGAAGAAACUGAAGAAGGAAAACUAUGACCUGCUCUUUGCUGAUCCCCUCCUGCCUGGCAGUGACCUGACAGCAGACAUGUUGGGAAUCCCUCUGGUCUUUUCUUUACGUUUUUCCUUGGCUCAUAACUGGGAGAGGAUGUGUGGUCAGCUUCCUGCUCCUCCAUCCUUCGUCCCUGGAGUUAUGAGCAAACUCACGGACAAGAUGGAUUUCUCAGAGAGACUGUGGAACGUCCUCUUCUACGCCCUGCAGGACGUCGUGAUCGACCAUGUUAUGUGGAAUAUGUUCGAUGAAUACUACUCAGAAGUCAAAGGAACACCCACCAGUGCCUGUGAGUUGAUGGGUAAAGCUGAUAUCUGGUUGCUGAGAACCUACUGGGAUUUUGAUUUUCCUCGUCCGUUCCUCCCCAACUUUAAAUUUGUUGGAGGGAUCCACUGCAAACCAGCUAAACCUUUACCAAAGGACAUGGAAGAAUUUGUGCAGAGCUCUGGAGAGAAUGGCAUCGUGGUCUUCACGUUAGGAUCCAUGAUUAAGAACGUAACUACAGAGAAGGCGAACCUAAUAGCUUCAGCCCUUGCUCAGCUUCCCCAAAAGGUACUGUGGCGAUACAACGGUGAAAAACCAAAAACUUUAGGUUCCAACACCAGGAUAUUUAGCUGGAUCCCUCAGAACGACCUGCUGGGUCAUCCUAAAACCAAAGCUUUCAUCACUCAUGGUGGGACAAACGGGAUCUAUGAGGCCAUCUACCACGGCGUUCCCAUGGUGGGAAUCCCCAUGUUCGCUGACCAGCCAGACAACAUGGUGCACAUGGAGGCCAAAGGAGCUGCAGUCAUUCAGAACCUGAACUUCAUGACAACCGAAAGUCUCAGAGAUGCAAUCAAGGCUGUCAUUAAUGACAAAUCAUACAAAGAAAAUGCGAUGCGACUGUCCAGAAUCCACCAUGACAGACCCAUGAGUCCUCAGGACGAGGCCGUCUUCUGGAUCGAGUUCACCAUGAGGAACAAAGGAGCCAAGCACCUGAGGGUCCAGGCCCACGAACUCACCUGGUACCAGUACCACAGCCUGGACGUCCUAGCCUUCCUCCUCAUUAUAGAUCUGCUCCUCAUCUUCAUCCUCUUCAAGAGCUGCAGCUUCUGUUUCAAGAGAUGCUGCAGCAGAAAACAGACAAAGAGAAAAGCUGAGUAACAGACUUUAGAUUUUACUUUUUGGGACCUGGUACCUGUGUUUGUUACCACUGGGACUGGCUUCAUGCUGUGUUACUGUUAACAGAGAUGUGGAAGCUAAGAAGUCAGAAUUUUAUGACGGACGUUUAAGGUCACAACAAAAAAGUCCAAAAUAAAGUAACACAAUUAUGACAAUAGAUUACAAGAAAAAAACUUGUACAAGAAUAAAGUUAUAGAAUAAUAAAGUUGAAACUAUAUGGAAAUAGUUAUAAUAUAUUGAGAAUGUAUGAAAAUAGUCCAAAUAAAAUGACAAAUAUUUUGAGAAAAAAGUCAUAGUAUUAUGACCAAUCAAUGUUAUUCCAUUAGGUAGGUGAGGUGAAACUUUACAUAGAUACACAAUAAAUAUAAAUAUAAAAUGAUCUAAAAUGGCCCAGUGCUCAUUAUUUAAAAUAGUAAAAACAGUAAAAACAGUAACUGACUCAAGUACAGUAUACUCAUUAGGACAAAAUUAAAAGAAAUAUAAAUAUAACAAUGCUACAUUGAAUUUUGGGAUCUUAAGGCGACGAAAACGAAGUCAUAAUAUUACAAGAAAAAAGUUUUUAAAAAUCUAAGAAUAAAGUCACAUUUCGAAAAUAAAUUCAUAUUACGACAUGAUUCUCGUAAUUUAUUAAUAUAUUUAUAUAUUCAGGUUGCCCCAAAUACUCCGUAGCAGAAUUUCAAUAUGGCGACGCCCAUUGUCUGCAAUUCCUUUACUGCACAUACAACUUUAGAAGCGGUUUUCCUUUCUAUAAAAAAACACUUGUAAUUUCAAUUUAGUAUAAAAGCGCUACAUAUAACAUUGAUUUAAGACGCACUCUUGAUUUUGUGUCUUGAGAAAUAAAUGUUUUUAUUUCUCAAUAAAUAAAGAGAAAUAUUUGUUUUUUUUCUUACUGUUGAUGCUAGGAGCUAGCGGCCAUGUUGAAAUGUGAAGUCCAGGGAACUAGUUGGAGUUGCUCCCAGUGGGAAAUCCGACCUCUGAUUGCAUUCCAGUUAAUUUUUCAGACUGGGAAAUCGUUAAUUCCCAGUUCCUGUACAACUGGAACAGCAUCGGGUUUGUUGGCCUUUCCUGAUUUGGAAUGAUGUCAUUAUACAUUGCAUCUGCGCUAACUGGCUGCACCUGAAGCUAAUUAGAUAUUAUAAACUGAAUUCUCGUUGGCUGGUUAUGACUUAGGGAGGGACAACAAACAAAAACAUUUAUUUUAUGCCUUUAUUUGGGAACCACUUAGAGUAGCUUCAUCCUUGAGUCUCAUAAAUAUUCAUAUAGCUAUUAUACAUGGGCUUUAACUCAAAUGUCCAAUAGCAGAAAACAUAUCAAAUUAUAAACACAAAUUAACAGCCCUACUUGUCUUCAAAUAAACAAUUAU